UCAGAAAUGCACCCAGCUGAGAGCAACAUGAUCGUCGAGGCAGAGAGCGAAGCCCAGAUUCAUGAUAGCGAAGCGGUGCUCCUUGGCUUUGAUACGCUCGACUGUGUUGAUAUAUUUGGACCUGGUGCAGCUAUUCCUUGCCGCGGCGACUUGAAUGCGGACUUGCCCGAAGGUAUCACUCCGUGUUUCGAUUUCGAGCAGCAACCUGCAUUAGGACACCAGGCCCAGACGACCGACUUGGACUUAUAUGAUCUUAUGAGCUAUCAUAGUCAGACACCGAUGGAGCCACCAACUAUAACCGAGCAUGUUUGUCUAUGCUUUACAAGAGCUGUUAGGAUUCAUGAGGCCCUUGAGGUCGAUCUCCUGUGGAUCAACCAGAAACGGUGCAGCGAUGCGGUCGAUAUGCUGCAGAAUCAAAAACGAAACUUAGUCAACAGUAACGUGCUAUUCGAGUCUGCCGAUAUUGAACCCGAUGUCGAUAAUACGGCCAAGGUGAUCACAACAUUGAAUAUGCUAGGGCACCCCAUCAAACCUCGGCGGCUUAUUGAGGUGUUCGAAGCAGCGACUCAUUUCCACGUUUACCCUGGUGAGAGGGAUGCAAGUUUUAGCGCCAACUGCAAUGCGCUAGCUGCUUUACUUCGACAGCCAGACGUCCUCUUAUACUCCUCCCAGAUCGUGAAGAUUGUUACCUUUCUGUGCGACAGGAAAUGGCGUGCUGAUGAUGAGACCAAGGAUAAGUGGAUACAAAAUACAAGUCACCUCUAUUCGUCGGUGCCAUACGUUGAAGCCCUAGUCGACCUAUUGGCCUUGGUGGAUCAGCAUAAGUUGCCGGGUGUGUUCGAUCCGCCAUUCUUGUCAAAGGUAGCAGUGACUCUUUUUCAGACCUGCUUGAGACCCUUACCAGACCAGGAAGCGAAUGGAUCCUGGAAUAAAUCUGUGGAUGAGACUGCGUAUGCCAUUCUGCUCCUUGCUGAGGCUCGGCGUCUCUGCUUUUUUGACAACCUCCGCCACCCAUUGCAAGCCGCCAUCGAGCGCGGCCUGGAGUUUCUUGCAUCUAGUGGUAGUAAUCCUGGCAGUUGUAUUUGGUCUGACAAGGUCAGCUAUGGGUCUUUGUCCAUCACGGAGGCGUACAUCCUGGCCGCUCGGAAGUCGGUUCAAAGUAUCCGAGCUGAAAGACCCGUGGGACUGAGCUUUUGGAGCGAGAGUACACCUGCACGGAUGGAUGGACGCUUGACGCUAUUCCGUCAGACCCCUCUCUUCAAGUCUCUGCCUGAAUGGGAACUUCGCGCAUCAUUGCUCGAGGCCAUGCUCUUCCAGCCCCUCUUGGAGCACAUAGACCUUGCUAUACCUCCCCGGCAAGAUGCCCACGGUGGAACCUAUUCAAUGAUCAUCCCAUUCACCUGGACCAGCUGCAACAACCGGACACGAACGUAUGCUUCCGCAUCGCUCUUGUAUGAGAUGAUGGUGUUAUCCUUCAGGACCUACCAAAUCGACGAGUUCAUGGAGGCUGUAGCGGGACCUGCUUUCAAAUAUCACACGGAGGACCUUCACCACCUAGUUGAAACCGUGGCAGCAGCGGUGCCCAAUUACUCAAAUGGCUUGGAGCAUUGCACCGAUAUCAACGGCGACCAUAUAAAACACUCCCAGUAUCAGGACUAUAUCGAUAAGCUAACCCGUUGCGUUCAGUCGAUCCUCGAGAAUCCGGCCUUUCAAUCUGCAAGUUCGAACGAUCGCAAGACACUCGAGCAGGAGCUCAGGAUCUAUCUUCUUGCACACGCGAAGCAGGUGGCAGAUAACUCGCAGUUUGAAAUUGAACUCAAGCAAAGUAAAAGGCUUACCUCUGCCACCAGCAUCUAUUUCCGCUGGGUCUACUCCACCUCCGCUGAUCAUAUCGCCGCCCCUAUGUGUUUCGCCUUCCUCUCCUGUAUGAUCGGAGCCACCCUGACACCAAGGACUACCACCGAGGACUGCUUUCACAACACAACCACCAAGUACUUCGCCGCCGCAGCAUGUCGUAACCUCGCGGCCAUGUGCCGCAUGUACAACGACAUUGGCUCCUGGGUGCGCGACCAUGAGGAGGGAAAUCUGAACUCGAUUCACUUUCCCGAAUUCACCGGGACAGACGACGGUACAAAACAGGCGGUGCUCUUCGAUCUAGCUCAAUAUGAGCGCAAAUGUUUGAAUCAUGCCCUAGAGCGACUGGCUGUAGAGAUGCUCAAUGAUCCCGAUGCUGAAGCUAGUCGAUUGGGCAAGCGGCGAAUGCAUCUUGUUCGGAUGUUCUGUGAUGUAACGGAUCUUUCCGGUCAGAUUUACGUUCUUCGAGAUAUGUCGAGUCUGAUUCGACAUACGAUGUAA